UAACACCUCCCAACUUCCAACUUCAUUCCCUUUUCUGUUCUCUGCUGUUCACAUAACAUGAGACCUCUGAACGACCAAAACCCAGCUGCUUCUUCUCUCCGAAAUCUUUAGACACAGAGAGAGGGAGAGGGGGAGAGAGAGAGACUAAGGCUGUGUUUGGCUUUCGCAGUUUCUGGCUCCGUCGCCGAGGUCCGUUUUCUUAUGGCGACCGGAUGGGUGAAGUCGUUGCACUGUAAAUCAAGAGCUUUUGAGGACGUUUACCACCCAAGCUCCAGGAUUCUCAUACCCACUUCUGGUUGCAGGAACAGUGUUCGGAGUAUCAAAGACGUUGUCGUCGACAACGCCUCUAAGUCUAAACCGAGAAAUAUUCCCAAAUCCAAACACCACCUUGAGAAGCAUCCCAGUUCGAGAUACCCACAGCGAGCAACCAAGCCUGAAUCUCCUGUUAAUCCUGCUGUUGUGAAUCGGUCCCGUAGUAGUACCUCCACGCGCCCUGCGCGUGCGCCGGAAUCGUUCUUCCCGGCUCUGACGGAGCUUGCUGUGGGGCAUCCAUCGCGGAAUGUGGUUGAGAUUAUCUUCCAUAGUAGUUGGGGUCCGAAGGCGUUUCCGGGUCGGAUGGAGAUGAUUUUUAAGGUUCAGAAUGGCUCUAAAACGGUGUCGCGGUUCGAGGAAUAUCGUGAGAUGGUGAAAGCUAGGGCUCGGGUCGGGUCUUCGGGGCCGGCGGCGGGGAGUAAUUGGGAGGAGGAGAAUGCACGGUGCGAGGCGGACGGGAAUGAGAUGAUGCGGUUUCAUUGCUUAGGUCCGGCUUCGGGUGGUGGACCCUACGAUGCAGCCGCCGGCGGCGGCGGAGGUUGUGGGUGGUCGUUCCCUGGAGCGAAAGGAUCGGCAAUCCGCACAUUCGCCGGUAGCGGGUCUGCCCAUGAGAACGCAGGCGGAGGGAGGGGACGGAAAGCGAUGCUGGUGUGCCGGGUCAUAUCGGGUCGGGUAACGAAGCAAGUAGAGUUCAUGGACUCGGUCUUGGAUGGGCGAGUUGGGUACGACUCGGUGAGUGGGGAGACGGGCGAGUUGUUAGUAUUUGAUUCGCGUGCUGUUUUGCCCUGUUUUCUUAUUAUCUAUAAAUUGUAAAGAAAAAAAAAAUGAAAGCCGAAAUAUUUACUGUUUUUAAAUCCCUUACCUUCCUAUUUUUAUUUUUCUUUUCAUUUUUUAAAAUCAAUGGAUUUGUACGUAUGUGGAGUUCUUCAGCCUCUUUUGCCAUGGCUUUUAAUUAUCAUCAUUCAAUUCAUAAGCACUUUUUUUUUUGGUUUUCUUAUU